AUGUCUGUGGCCGUGAAACACCUCAAUGCCGAUACGAGCUUUCUCCUCACAUUCUCUCCCAAGCCGAACUCUCCCACAAACGAAGUCGCGUCAAGUGAUGGCGCAUUCUCUGUGCUUAUUGACCCGUGGUUGGAUGGACCUUCAAUCGUGACCGCGCCAUGGUUCGCAAAGACCGAGCACACAAUCCCCAGUGCGGUCCAGCACCUCUCCGAGCUCCCAGCACCUGAUGUUGUCAUCGUGUCGCAGAACAAGCCGGACCACUGUCAUAAAGCCACUCUCCUCCAGCUGCCUCCGGAGGGAAAGACCAUCAUCGCCGCCGAACCGGGCGCCGCGAAGGCGAUCAAGAGCUGGAACCAUUUCGACCCGGCCAAGAUCCGGGGGCUGCGUAAAUAUGGCCCGUCAGGAGGAUCGUUGCGACUAUCGAUUCCUGCGUUGUCGCCCCACGGCUUCCCAGGAGAAGUCCACAUCUCUUUCAUACCGGCCAAGCACUAUAUGACCGGACUACACAACGCAAUCGGGGUCACAUACCGGCCGCCCACGCGUACGAAAAGCAUAGUGCCGAUAGCGACAGUUGAUCUACCCAAGACGACGAGGUACUUCCACGUUCCGCUGAGUCCGAUGACUGUCCCACCAUCGAGCCCUCAGCCACCACUAACUCCUCUGGCCAACCGACCCAUGUCUUUUGACCAGCCUGCUCAGGUCGACGAUGUCAUCCAAGGUGUAGGACCAUUCGGUUUCAGGGGGCAUCGACCACGACUGUCCCGGUCAUCGAACACGGCUUCAUCCGAGUUCCUCCCAUCGACUGACAAGCCAGUCAUUCGUGUCUCGCCGGAGUCAGAGCGCGACGAGGGAACUAUUGUACACAACAUCGUGACAAUUCCCGUUCGGUCUCCGCCCGUAGGCACAGCAUUCGACUUCAAACUCGGCACCUCGCCAUUCACAUAUCUCAACAGCCCACCAACGCCACCAGACUCUCCGGCGUGGGAGCCGCGUAGUUCGCCCUCUAACCCUAGAAGUACUCCUACAUCCCCUAGGCCAACAAGCACACUGUUCCACCAGCGGUGCAUUUCCUCCAUCCCCUCCCACCAACGCUCGCUCUCCAGCGUCUCCUCCAUGCCCAACCUCAUCACCCCGCUUACACCGGCCCGGCCGCAGGCAGUGUCGAUAAUCUACUCGCCACACGGCCUCCCGCUGUCUGACUUACAACCCUAUAUCCAAAAUCACCUCGUGCGACUUCCCGGCGCAUUACCUCUGACGGUGCUAUUCCACUCAUUCGACUACGCUCAGAACCCAUGGUAUUUAGGCGGGAAUAUCAUGAUGGGAAUGUACGGCGGUGCCGAGAUUGCGCGGGCCGUGAUGGCACGAUGCUGGAUCUCGGCGCAUGACGAGCAGAAAGACGACCGUGGACUUUCUGUCAAGAAGUUGCGUGUGAAGCGGAUUGGUGCCGAUGAGGUGAGGAAGCAUCUGUGGGAAGGCGAGCAUGGCGAAUGGCUUAGACAGAAAGGGUGGACGUGUGAUGUCAGGCAACUAGAGGUUGGGAAAGAAAUAUUCAUCGGGCCGCUGAGGGACUCGUGUUCCGUUAUCGAAGGGAGGAAGGACAGUGCGCCGUUGAGAUGUGGCAUCCAACUGUGA